CCAAAUUGGGCUAUUAUAAAAAGAAAAACAUGUAUAGCCUCUCAGGCUUUCCUUCCUUUGCAACCAUACGCACCAAGCCCACAACGUUGGCUAAGAGAAACAGGAGUACCAAGAAACCACAACUAAUCAGAGCAAUGAGAGCCGUUGUUCAGCGAGUCGCCUCCGCAAGCGUCGAGGUGGAGGGGCGCAUCGUAUCAGAAAUUGGACCGGGCCUGCUCGUUCUCGUCGGACUCCACGAGUCCGACUCCGACUCCGAUGCCGAUUACAUUUGUCGUAAAGUCUUGAAUAUGAGGUUGUUCCCUAAUGAAAGUACAGGCAAAGGCUGGGACCAUAAUGUAAUGCAGAAAAAUUACGAAGUUCUGCUAGUGAGUCAGUUUACAUUGUAUGGAAUCUUGAAGGGUAACAAGCCAGACUUCCACGUGGCAAUGCCGCCUCAGACGGCGAAGCCCUUUUAUGCUUCUUUAGUUGAGAGAUUCCAGAAAUCCUAUAAACCGGAUGCAAUAAAAGAUGGUGUAUUUGGGGCAAUGAUGCAGGUCAAUUUGAUUAAUGAUGGACCAGUCACGAUGCAGCUCGACUCACAUUCCCCAAAGAAUACAAAUGAUGCAGUAGAAGAAUCAUAAUUUGGUCAAUUGUAUUUGGAUCAACUGAAAUUCAGCAAUGGACCUAUGUUUCUUACUUCAUUAUAUGCUGGACACCUUGAAAAAUCAGCUUGGCAGGAUGUAAGACAUGAUAUUCUCAAUUACAAUAAAACUCUUUCACCUA